GGGGGCGCUUGGAGCGCCGGCGGCGCGCGCGGGCCGGUUAAACCGAGGCGGCGGCGGCACGAGCUGCGUCUUCGGCCUCCCGUGAGCCCCGCCCGCCCCGCUCCGCACCGGGCCUGUGCCGCGGCACCCGCCGGACGAGGCAAUCAUGAGUGAUCGAAAGGCAGUGAUUAAGAAUGCGGACAUGUCAGAAGAGAUGCAGCAAGACGCUGUAGAGUGUGCUACUCAGGCCUUGGAGAAGUACAACAUCGAGAAGGACAUUGCUGCUCACAUUAAGAAGGAGUUUGACAAGAAAUACAAUCCCACUUGGCACUGCAUCGUGGGAAGGAACUUUGGCAGCUAUGUGACUCAUGAGACCAAGCACUUCAUCUACUUCUACCUCGGCCAAGUCGCUAUUCUUCUUUUCAAGUCUGGGUAGAACCAAGGACUGUUACAGAACCUUGCAUCUGGUUACAGGACUGUGUGCUGACUCCUGACUAGUUACUGCAGCCUUUCUGAGGACACAGACCUUGAUCUUCAAGGCCGAUGGCAGGGAUUAUGCUAUAGCAGAUGAUGUUACAUUGUGGAUAUAAAAAGGAAAAAUACCAAAA